AGCGCAGCCUCGGACGGAGGAGCUACCCUUAUUCUUGUACCACUAUCAUUACCGCCACCAUUUCUGUAUUUCUCCCAUUUCUUCCCUUAGAGGACACUGAAUUUGACCUGCCAUGUCUUCAACGUCGCCUCGUUACCCGCCACCAGGGGGCUGUCCUCCUCGACCCCCGACAAUUGACGACCUUGCAGCGCGCGCCGUCGUGUCCCAGGAUAGCCGGAUACCUAUCAAGUCUCUAUUGAAGGCUGCAGAUACUUGGCGCAACCGAGGUCAGACCUACGAGGAGCAGCAAGACCUCCAAAACGCCUUCGUCGCUUACGCUAGUGCCGGCAAACUGGCAUUGGAGAUCAUUGCGGUUCACCCUGAUUACGACAAAGCACUCAACGAGGAGCAGAAGUCAUCUUUGGCGAAAGUGAGUGCGCCUAUUCGUUUUCUUAGGCAAAGUCCCCCCAGAAUGGUGAACGUAUUCUUGCCAACCUUGCGGGAGUAAAAGAUAAACUAUUGAGGCAACGGGAAGAAUGGGACCGCAAGUAUGGCGGUGCAACGCAGCAACCGAAUGGGGGUCAUACCCCAACU